AUGGACUUUCUCAUAAAGUUUGCUUCCGAGCAUGAAUCCUUCAGAGUGCCCGAAAUCGAAGCCCUAGCCAUCAUCGAAAACCUCGACCUCAAGAUCAAAGAAUACGACCCCCAAUCUCCCUUCUGCGUCGUCCAGCUCCCCUCCGUCGACGCCGCAAAGAAGCUCCUCCGGCGCUCCGUCCUCGCCCACUCCAUCCACGAGCUCUGGGGCACCGCGCCCUCCCUCUCCGCCCUGCACCCCAUCAUCCAGUCGCAAACCGCCCACCUGUGGCCCCGGUACAAGGACUGCUCCUUCAAGUUCGUCGUCGACGCCUACCAGGGCGCCCACUCCAACAAGGAGCGCCUCGCCAUCAUCGACACCUUCAGCUACCUCCCCUUCGACGGCCCCAUCCGCAUGUCCAACCCGGACGAGACCUUCACCGUCUUCGAGUUCUGGCCCUUCAACAGCGUGCCCCUCAAGAUCCAGCACCCGGACAUGGUCCGCCUCGGCCGCUUCGUCGCCAGCUCCGCCCGCGACGUCAUCCACAGGUACGACCUCAAGAAGCGCGGCUACAUCUCCACCACCAGCAUGGACGCCGAGCUCUCCCUCGUCACCGCAAACAUCGCCCUCGCCGCGCCGGGGAAGCUCUUCUACGACCCCUUUGUCGGCACGGGCUCCUUCCCCAUCGCCUGCGCCCAUUUCGGCGCCAUCGGCUGGGGCAGCGACAUUGACGGCCGGAGCAUGCGCGGCGAGGGCGACAACAAGGCCAAGAGCCUGCCGGGCAACUUUGCGCAGUACGGGCUCAAGGCCCAGCUGGGCGGCUUCUUCUCCGCGGAUCUCACCAACACGCCCAUCAGGCGGAGACGCACCUGGGACGGCAUCGUCUGCGACCCCCCUUACGGCGUGAGAGAAGGCCUCAAAGUCCUCGGCCUCAAGAACCCUGAAAACGCCACAUGGCUGAUAGAACUCGGCAUAAACGAAUGGCAAUCACCAGACUACGUGCCCCCAAAGAAACCAUACAGCUUCCUCGCCAUGCUCGACGACAUCCUCGCCUUCGCCGCAGACACCCUCGUCGAUCACGGCCGCCUCUCCUUCUGGAUGCCCACCGCCAACGACGAGGAGCAGGAGAUUCCCGUCCCGACGCAUCCCUGCCUGGAAGUUGUCGUGGUCUGCGUUCAGACGUUCAACAAGUGGUCAAGGAGAUUGAUCACAUAUCAGCGGCUUCCUGAUUCUCAAGUCUCCAGCUCCGACCUGGAGGCACACGAGAAGCGGAGGCGGGAGGCUGCUGCUGCACACACAGGCACAACAGCAGAUGACCUCAAUCCCUUCCGCCGAGGGUACUUUCGAAAAUUCGAGGCUGAAGCAUCAUGA